UUGAACCUUCUGCCUUGUUUCGAAAUGGCCGCGUGCGGCAAAGUCAACGCCUGGCCUUGGAUCGAUGAACUGCCCAGAGAUAACAGCGAUGUAUCAUCGGGCAAUGAGAGUCAGUCCUCAACCUGCAGCUUAAGCUCCUCGGGUAAAAGCAAUCAAGCCGAAAGCGAUAAGGAAUAUAUAUGCUCCUCGACCAAUAAGUAUCAUAUUAUACGCAAAUCCAAUUUGAAUCGCUUUGUGCAAAAGAUUGAUAAAACUGCCUCGUUGGAUGAUCAGGCAGCAGACUUAGUUGCCAAGUGCGCCAAUGCAUUCGUUAAGGACGUGUCCAUGCGUUUAGUUAAGCUAGCGAAAUAUCGAAAUGCAGAGCCUGGUUUAUUAGAUUUAAAGUUUACGCUAAAGCGGGAGUACAACAUGGAAUUUCCACAUACAAGCUCAAAUUGAUGUGGAUUUUAGUAU